AUUUUAUUUGAUCUUCACAUUUGGAAAAAAAAAAAUUACGUAUAUGCAGGUCUUGGCAAACUGCUCACACCCGACCUCGAGAUCGCUCUACAAUUCUGCUCUCACUUGAUUUACGGCUAUGCCGAUAUCAACCCAAACACCUAUCAGGUGCAGAGUCUGCACGAAGACUUGGACAUAAGCAAGCAUCAGUAUUCCGAGGUCACAGCACUGAAGCGUAAAUAUCCACAUCUCAAAGUAUUGCUGAGUGUUGGUGGCGAUCAAGAUAUCGAUCCCGAGCAUCCCAACAAGUAUCUUGAGCUGUUGGAGGGCGAGAAGGUUAAGCAAACUUCAUUCAUCAACUCAGCCUACUCGCUGGUGCGUUCCUAUGGCUUCGACGGCUUGGAUUUAUCCUUCCAAUUUCCGCGCAACAAACCGCGUAAAGUACACUCUGACGUCGGCAUGGUGUGGAAGAAAUUCAAGAAGCUCUUCACGGGCGAUUUCAUAGUGGACGAGAAGGCCGAGCAGCACAAGGAAGAGUUCACGGCGUUUGUACGUGAUAUGAAAAAUGCUUUGCGUCCGGACAAUAUGAUGCUGACGCUAACCGUGCUGCCGAAUGUCAACUCGUCCUGGUAUUUUGACGUGCCAGCAUUGGUUGGCAAUUUGGACUUUGUCACGCUGGCAACCUUCGAUUUCCUGACACCCGAACGCAAUCCGCAAGAGGCCGACUACACUGCGCCACUCUACGAGCUCUACGAUCAGAACCGCUUGCCACACUACAACGUCAAUUUCCAGGUUGAUUAUUGGCUUGCGCAGCAGUGUCCGGCCAGCAAAAUCAACGUCGGUAUUGCCGCCUAUGGUCGCGCUUGGAAGCUAACCGCCGAUUCAGGCAUGACCGGCACACCGGUAGUGCAGGACACAGAUGGCCCAGCGCCUGCUGGCAUGCAGAGCCAAAAACCAGGUUUACUAUCCUGGCCUGAGGUGUGCGCUAAACUGCCGAAUCCGGCCAAUGCCUAUCUGAAGGGCGCCGACGCACCACUGCGCCGCGUAAGCGACCCAACCAAGCGUUAUGGCACCUACGCAUUCCGACCAGCCGAUGGCAAUGGCGAACACGGCUUGUGGGUGAGCUACGAAGAUCCCGACACGGCUGCCAAUAAAGCUGCUUAUGUGCACUCGAAGAACUUAGGCGGCUUGGCGUUGUUCGACCUGAGCUACGACGACUUCCGUGGGCUGUGUACUGGGGAUAAGUAUCCUAUUUUGCGCGCAGCCAAGUUCCGUUUGUAACCAUCCUCGUUGCUUUUUUCACGAAACUUUGU